ACGAGUUCAAAACUAACUUGGCCUUGUUUUAUCUUAUCGAACGAACGACUGAUAAUUCUGCUGGGAAUAAUUGAACAGCCUCAAAAUUAGUUUGACUUCAGGUCGAAGCUAUCCUCCAGUCUCAUUAACGAUGUCGAGUUCCAUUAGAACCCUGAUUCGUACACCCAAUGCCCCCCAAUUCCCUUCGGUCCCCAUCAAUCAAGCAAUAGUUUUUGAUAACACCAUCUACUGUUCUGGAGUUAUUGGAGUCGACAAAGAUACGAUGAAAAUGGUGGACAGCAGCUUUGCAGCGGAGGUGAGGCAGGUCAUGAGGAAUCUGAGCGCCAUAUUGCAAGCAGGAAAUUCUUCUCUGGAAAACCUGCUCAAAGUCACUGUAUACUUGAACGACAUCAACGAUUUUGCCACAAUGAAUGAAGUUUAUAGAGAAUUCAUCACCAGCAACUUUCCUGCGAGAACUGGCUUUCAAGUUGGGAAACUUCCAAUGAACGCCAGAGUAGAGAUCGACGCAAUUGCAGCUACUGGAAACGUCAGAACUGUCAUUCGCGAAUGAAAAUGAAUACCUGAGAAGAAGCCUUAUUCCUGGAUGAAAGGCGUCUGUACUGAAAUAAGUAAGCAUAAAGUGACAACGAAUAAGUUUUCCAGUUUUGGCAGAAAAUAUUUUUUAAACUGUGGACUGUUGAAUGAAUAACACUUUCUCAAAAAAUAAAAAUAUUUGUUCACCUUCAUUG